AUGGGCGAGGCGGGCGACGCUCAGGCGGCUUGUGGGCUUGUGGGGACCAAAGAGGAGUUUGUUAAAGUCCGCAAGAAGGACCUGGAACGGCUGACGACGGAGGUGAUGCAGAUCCGAGACUUCCUGCCCCGCAUCCUUGGUGUGGAUGUGCUGGAGACAGUCCAGAGGCUGCAAGCGGCUGAGGAGAAGCUGGAAAAGAAAGAGCAAGAAAUAGAGCAACUGCGCCUGGACCGUGAGCACUUGAAGGCCAGACUGGAGAUGCUGCAGGCUGACAGCAUGAGGGAGAAGAAGGAGAAGCUGACACUGCAGCAGCAGCUGAGGGAUACCAGGCAGCAGCUGGUCCAGCAGGCCGAGUACUGCACGCAGAUGGGAGCGGCCGCCUGCACCCUGCUCUGGGGCGUCUCCAGCAGCGAGGAUGUCGUCAAGGCCAUCCUGGGCGGGGGGAAAGCUCUGAAGUUCUUCAGCAUCACGGGGCAGACCAUGGAGAGUUUUGUCAAGUCCCUGGAUGGUGACACCAAAGAGCUUGAUUCUGAUGAGAACCAGUUUGUCUUCGCUCUGGCUGGGAUUGUGACAAAUGUUGCCGCCAUCACCUGUGGCCGGGAGUUCCUGGUCAGCUCCAGCCGGGUGCUCCUGGAUACCAUCCUGCAGCUCCUAGGGGACCUGAAGCCGGGCCAGUGCACCAAGCUCAAAGUGCUGAUGCUGAUGUCCCUGUACAACGUGAGCAUCAAUGUGAAAGGCCUCAAGUACAUCAGUGACAGUCCUGGCUUCAUCCCGCUGCUGAGGUGGCUGCUGAGUGACCCCGACGCCGAGGUGUGUCUGCACACACUGCGCCUUGUCCAGUCCGUGGUGCUGGAGCCAGAGGUCUUCUCCAAGACAGGGCCAGAGCUCCGCAGCUCGCUUCCCCUGCAGCGCAUCGCAGCCAUGUCCAAGAGCCGCUGCUCCCACCUGCAGGCCAUGGCCCAGGAGGUGCUGGACGACCUCCGCGAGCAGGAGCCUCACGCGUGACUCCUGGACUGGUGCGCAGGACCUCCUGAGAGCCGAAACCGCGCUUGACUGGGGGCUGACCCGGCCUGUCUUGAGGUCGCCCGCUGCCCGCCCCGCCUUAGCUUGUAGUCCCCAGGGCCACCGGGGAGGGGAGGGCUGGGCUGCCUCAGGGAUGCUGCUCCCUCCCUGGACCAAACUCUGUGCUUGAGUCUUUGAAUGUCCAAUAAAGCAAGCCUUGCCUGGC